AGCAGGACAACGGUAUACCCCCCUCGUAAUCGAUUCUACGAUACACCCAGUGAAUUGCCUCGCUUCAAUCCCGUUCGUGCGAGGCCGAGUCGUUGAGGAACACAACACAUCACUCACCCGCGACUCCUUUCCGUCAAUUCACCACAUACCGCCCAUCAAACACAGUAGCCCACCAUGAAGCCGUUCGCUAACGGUCCAUCCGUCUCUACAACCACCGCCAAUGGCUCCACACCAUCCCAAUCCGCCGUACCACAGUACACCCUUCAAGGCUCCAUCCACUUCCUCUUAUCUGAACACCGACGAUUCGAGCGAGAACGGAACAUGUGGGAAAUCGAAAAAGCAGAGAUGAAUGCUCGGAUUGCAAAGUUGGAAGGGGAGAAGAGGAGUGGUGAAAGACUAAAGGGAUGGUUGGAGAGAAGGGUAAAGAUGUUGGAGGAAGCAUUGAAACGGGAAAGAGGUGGAAAACCGAUUGAGGAGUUGUCUGAGGAAGCGUCUAUGGUUCCGCCGGGUUUGGCACAAGCAGACAAACCGAACGUACGACCACAGAACCUGGGACACUCGCUCUCUUUCUUGGAGAUCAUUGACCAGACAAGGGAUUUGCAUUCGAGUACCGAGCGGGCUCGGUCUCGGGAUUUCUUAGAGAAAUGCUUGACGGAAGUGACUUGCCUCCUUUCCUCACCUCUUGUUGGACCUGCACAGGCUGGUGCUCAGGCAGCUCGGGCUCAACCUCCCACUACCGCUGGUGCAAUCGUUCAGCAGAACGGACAAGGGCAAGGUUGGACAGGUGCGGCACCUGUCACCACAACGGCAGUUACCUCUUUCACCGCUCAGCCAUCACUCGAUCUCCCACCACCAGCACCAAUGCCAAAUGGAAUCAUCCAGCGUCCCGCACCGCCACCGCCUUCAGUAGCUGCAGAGCCAACCCCACCCUCAUCGACCUCAAACUCCGACGACGAGGAAGUCGAAGUCGAAAGUGUCUCGUACACCGUUGACAGGUACGGACGACCAGCUGCUCCUGCUCCUGCACCCAAUACCUCACUUCCAUCCAUCCCAAUCCCUGAACCCGUCGUGAUCGCGGAGGAGGUGGAGAGCCCUAAAGACGAAAUCGAGUUGUUGGAGGAGAAGGGCGAUAUCGGCACCAGUCCCGCUACAGGGACGAGUGGAGGCGAAGGCGAGGGACACCCGCUUGGAUUACCGCCCAGCUACACCCCUAGCGUGGACAAAAAGGAAGAACAGGGUGAGGAUGUUGAGUGGGAUCUUGAGGAUGAUGAGGAAGAGGUUAUCGAGGUUGAGGAUGCGCAGGGUGCACACGAAGGUGGUGAGGAGGAUGAUUAUGAUGCGGAGAUGAGGAGGGCGAUCGAGAUGGAAACGCAGUCGCAGGCUUCGGAUGCGCCGACGGAGGUGGAGGAGGAGGUUCCUGCUACUGAACGAUGGGAAUGCCGGUUCGAGGGGCGAGCGCAUUUGACCGGGGUCAGAGCCGUCGUGUGGGUUCCCGAAACUGACGAGGUCGUGACUGGUGGUGAAGACGGGGUAAUCGCUCUCCAGGGUUUACCAGUAAGUGGCGGCAAAGACCUAAAAACGACCGCCAUCUUCCGCGGCCACCAUGGCUUCGUGACAUCCCUCGCCGUCAGCAAUGGCAAAAUCUACUCUGCUGGGACUGACGCGACGAUUCGUGUCUGGACCCUUCCUGAAUACAUUAACAUCGAGGAGACGGAUGACGACGUACUCCCCGCUACCCCGGACUUGAUGAAACACGAUAUUUUGGUGGGUCACUCGAACGCGGUUUGGGAUGUGAAGGUUUCGAGGGAUGGGAGGUUGUUGGCUACUGCGGGUGCAGAUGGGAUGGUUAAGAUUUGGGAUGUUGAGGGUGGGAGGAAUAAGUUGAAGUCGAGUUGGAGGUGGAAAGAUAACGAGGAGGAAUGUGGGGAUGUUGUUCCGGUUAGUUUGGGGUGGGUUGAUGGGGAGGGGAUCGUGGUUGGGUGGAGCUCGUCUGAAGCACAGGCGGAGGUUAGGGAUGCGGUUAGUGGGGAUGUUGUAAAGACAUUGACGUGUGAAGGAGCGACGGGUGUUAGGAAGAUUGUUGUGAAGAAUGGUGGUGAGGAUGUUUGGGUUGGGUAUGAGGAUGGUGUUGUAAGAACGUUCAGCGUGUCAUCAGGAACACCUGAAGAGGUUGCGAACAGCAGCACUGGCAAGCCCAUUACCGCUCUCACUGUUUCCGCCGAUGGUGAGACUGAGAUCGUCGCGGAGGACGACGUGGUUCGGUUCGUUCAUAAGACUGAUGAUGGCGAGGUUGAUAUUCGGGAGUUCAUUGAGCAUGCGAAGAAGGGUGGAGAGUGUGUUCAUGAUGUCGCCAUCUCGUGCACUGGAAACAGAGCAGCGAGUGUUGGAGCUGAUGGUUCGGUGAAGAUUUACGUAAAGGAAAGGCAGUGAACGGCUCAUUUGCGGUGAGGACAAGAGAAGAUGGUUGCAUGGUUGCACAAGGGAUAUAGGUAUGCUUACCGAAGCCAUGGUUGCAAUUGCAGUUUUGCUCUGGGUUAUUUUUAAGUUC